AUGGCUGAAAGUAAAGCAUCAAAUUGGGAGCUUGUUACUCCACCUGAAAUGAUGAUGCUUCUUGGUGUGAAAAUGUUGAUGGAUAUUGUCAAGAAACCAGAGGAGGAAAUGUAUUGGGGCAAAGAUCCUUUGCUUGAAACUCCAAUAUUUGCAAAUACAAUGUCAUACCGACGUUACAAGAAGAUUCGAGAAUACUUUCAUUUUACGAACAAUGAUUCGUUUGAUCGAGAAACUCAUCCAAACCCAAAACUUUGCAAGAUUUACGAAAUUUACCAAGCCCUAGAAGAGAAGUUUCAAAAAUUUUACAACCUUGGAAAAAAUGUAACAAUCGACGAAUCUCUCAUGCUUUAUAAAGGAAGAAUUGCCUGGUUUUAG